GGGCGUGCUAAAGGUUUUUCUUUUGGUGCACGAGAAAAGCCUCUUAUACAUAACACUCCCAGAAGCAGGUGUAGGGCAGGCCACCUAGACACAUGCGUUGCAUUGUUCUUAAAUUAAAAUCUACACAUCGAGACCAAGGGGCUUCCGGAGGAAUUAAUUGCACCGGAUAAUGGUUUCGCAAUGUUAAUUGACAUUAGAUGCGCUUCUUUUGUUCGCCCGCAUCUAUACUUCCCGGUUGUGAUUGUCGAGACUCACUAGUUAGGUGCGAUCGCAAAUGACUUGACAUAGAUAGCGGUGGUCGCAGGUAAACACUUUCUUUCUGACAAAUAGAGGAAGAAUUGAACACGAUGACUGACCAGUACAGUAUGUUUCUCACCGCCGCUCCCCCUCUGAGAAGAGGCAGCACACCUCUACCAAUCAAGCACCAGCUGAGGCGGGAGGAGGCCGUAUCAGAGGACCAUGACUGGAUACCAGGGAUUGACGAGCCGGCCACGCUGCCAAUCAGUGACGCCCUUUGCCGGGAUGAAUCAUUUAGUCAGGCGUCGGAGGGGUGUCAUGGGAGUGCUAUAAGGAUCGUACUACUUGGGCAGAAUGGGGUUGGAAAAUCGGCACUCUCUCUGGCCCUGGCUGGACUGUCAGACAGCUCACUGUCUGUGGACUCUGAAACAGCCUGUGGAGAAUGCUACGAGCGCACGGUGUCAGUUGACGAUGAGCAGAGUUCAGUCAUCAUUUAUGACAACUGGAAACAGGACCUGUCCACGCUGCAGUGUGAGGUGGUUGUCCUGGUGUUCUCUGUGACAGACAGGAGAAGUUUCCACCGCACCGCCCAGCUCCGCCUCAUCCUCAGGGAGUCGCUGCCCCACACUCCCAUCAUCCUCGUGGGCAACAAGAGUGACCUCGUCCGCUCUCGGGAGAUCAGCACAGAGGAGGCCCACUCCAGUGCCAUGAUGUAUGAAUGCCAGUAUCUGGAGCUGUCUGCCUCCCUGGACCACGGCACCACCGAGCUGCUGGAGGGAGCGGUGAGGGCUGCCAGGGGUGACUGCGUGGGGCCGGGCUGGACGGAGGGGGACCCUGGGGCGGGGCGCAGGGAGAGCCUGACCAGCAAGGCCAAGCGCUUCCUGGCUGGCCUGGUGCCGCGGUCCUACGGCCGAGGAGACCGGGACAGGGGUCAGUACAGGGAGAUGAGCAGACACCGGGGCAGCAAGAUCCUCCGACAGAAAUCGCGCUCCUGCCAUGAUCUCAGUGCAAUGUGACACAUCAGACAGACCGAGAGAGGAGACACAGACUGGCAGAACCCACUCAACUAACUACUGGCUGAGUCAGAGCACGUUGGGUUGCUACAGGAAGAUCGACGAAGAUGAGGGUUGAGGAGAUGACGAGAGACUCAACUACCUGUGGCUGUUUCAAGUUAGAUUGUUUUUUUGUGUGUUUUUUUUUUACCUGCUGAAAUUGUAUACACACACUACAUACAUACAUACAUACAUACAUACAUACAUACAUACAUAUAGGACAUUUGCAUAUACGGAUAACUACCAAAAUAAAGGAAACACCAACACUAUAGUGUCUUAAUAGGGCAUUGGGCCACCACGAGCCGCCAGAACAGCGUAAAUGGACUCUACUGGAGGGAUGUGACACCCUUCUUCUACGAGAAAUUCCAUAAUUUGGUGUUUUGUUGCUGGUGGUGGAAAAUGCUGUAUCACUGAGCUGCUCUAGCCAUGGGAGCCAAAAUAUGGUCAUGUAUAAAAAUGUGCAUUUUUAUACUAGCCCAAUGUUGUAGUCGAGUCACUAAACCUCGGGAGGUCGAGUCUCGAGUCCCUAUGGCUGAAUUCGAGUCCAAGUCACCAAUGGUCGAGUUUCGUCCAAUUUAUAAUAGGUCUUAUUAUGCAAUUGUUUCUGGUCACCACCAGAUGGCAGUAUAUUGUCACUCCCUCAUGUGGAAACCCAACUAAUUUACUAUUCAUCACUACCUCACAAGUUCUACUCAAUACCUGUGUUUCACUACUUAUUUACUAUAUAAAUGAAUGGUAAGUCAGGCUCUCAACUACUUGUUUGUUAUCGACCCACUGACAUUUGUGUAGUUUUUAUUUAUUUAUUGCAGAGUGAAAACUAAAGGGAGACUGGCUAUGGGAUGCAGGGGGGAAAGUGAGAGGGUAGAGCAAGAUGACAAAUUCAAAGACGGCCUACUUUUCUAUAGUCUAGGAGAGCGACAAAUAGCUAGACUGUUGUUUUACUAUUAAACUCAAUACUAUUGUUUUUAAUUUGGUAAAGCAGACAAAGCUAAAUGGUAGGCUGGUGGUUACAGGGAAGCAAGAGACACUUGCGCGAUGUGUAGCCUAUGAUCGGAGCCGUAGUGGAGCCUGACUGCCCACAAAUAUUGCUUGCUCCCCCGCAGCUCACAAGCUGAUGUAGGCUGCAUGUGCCAGGUGUGGCAUGUCCUUCCCACUGCUAGAGAGCAGAGUCCUUGCUGCUCUGCACACCGAGUGCCACUUAUAUUCUGUGUCUCAUAGUAGCCUAUCCAGUCCAAGUGCAACGUUACAAGAAGGCGAGUCCGAGUCAACAAUGGCAUCCUGGUCUCAGAUCAUUUUGUAUUAUUCUAUAUGUAAAUCCGAGACUCCCCAUUUAGUGUGAUAUGUUACGUUUUGUAUGGUAUGUGUUCAUUUUUGAAUGACCAUCCAAUUCAUAUGAUAUGUUAUGAAUUCCAAUUUGUUGUGGCUAAUGUUAGGUUAAAGAGUUAAAGUUAUGGGAAGGGUUAGUUAACAUGCAAAGUAGCAAGUAGUUAAAGUUGUUAAAAUGCUAAAGUUGUCCAUGAUGAGAUUCGAACACGCAAUCUUUGAAUUUCCAGACUUUUGCAUUAUGCACCCACCCAUCCACCCCAACCAAUCACCAUCCUUUCAUUUUUGCCUUAAGUAACCUUCUGUCUUAUGUAGCCAUACCUAACAUAUCAUACUAAUUUGAGUGUCUCAAAUUUACAUUUACUUUGUUACGUCUAGUCUUUGAGACCAGGCUGCCAAUGGUCAAGAAGUUGAGUCCUUGUCCGAGUCACCAGUGGUCGAGUCCAAGUUGAGGCACAAGUCAUGAAAACGGACUCGAACUACAACACUGACCCUAAGCAUGAUGGGGGAUAUUAAUUGCAUUAUUAACUCAGGUACCACACUUGUGUGGAAGCACCUGAUUUCAAUAUACUUUGUAUCCCUCAUUUGCGUAAGUGUUUCCUUUUAUCUUGGCAGUUACCUGUACAUGAACUACCAUAGAACAGAGCAUUACCGUGGGGGCUGGCCACACAGGCAAACACAACCAUAAGCGUUCUGGAAACGUUGCUUGGAUGUCUUGUCCGCGUGUGGCAACUACAUUGACAUACAUUAGAUACACAUGCUCACUCAUUUGUCACUGUCUAUUAUUACACACAUGUCUUUCGAAAGAUAAUAAAUUCAUUUUGUUUGACGUC